GCGCACAUGCAGCGUGGCUUUACUGAACGCAAAGCACGGUCGACUAAGCGCAUCAAACUCCCCGCAGCUCCAGAUCCCUACCAAUGAAAACGCACAAUAAGUGAAGGGGGGGGGUGAGAAGGGGACUCUAAGAAGUACAAAGUGAGCCGAAUCCUCCACCCUCGUCAUAUAUAUACACACACACACACACAGCAGGCGCAGCUAAACUGGGACUAGCGUGGAGGCGGUCACAUUUCCCUUGCUCACCUGCAAACGUGAUUGAUGUGGGUGUUUGUAUCAGUGGGUGUGUAUGUCAUGUCUGACACUCUUGUACCGGUCAGGGAUUUGCUGAGUCGCGUUCCACAGUUGUACCUACGCUUGCAGUGAAGCAGGUCGCAAAAAAGGCAUCCAGGCAUCUCCGAGGAGCCAAGACGCAACUUGCAGAGAGGCUGACUUUGCGCACCUGCACUUGAGAGCCCGACGCGCAUUUUCACCAUUCUUCCAGUUUCUGCGCUCUAUGGAGCAGGUGUUUUCUGCACAGCUAUUUUCUGACUUUUUUGCAUCUCUUGAAAAGACGUUUGUCCUCGAGCAGAAGCGUUGCCUGACAUCCGUAAAGUCGUUUUAAAGCAAAAGGAACAAGACAACAUGGACAACAGCCCUGGAGGUGGAAGCGGAGUCAUCCUGUAUGCAGGAUCUUCCGGUAGCGCCAGCCCGAGCCCCGACAGCCCCUCCAGUGGGUAUCAAACGCAGUCCCCGUCUUCACACUCCCAGCCUUCAUCUCCGGAAGAGGUUACCUUCACCGAGAUCGGGGCUCUCAAGCAGGGGAGGCCAACUGGGGGCAACACGCCGACCUCCAAGCUGGUGUUCCAGUUCCCAGAGGUCUACAGUGCCUCCUCAGCCGCAGCUACUCAACAGCAACCCUUCGCACACCCCAUUGCGGGAAAGAGGCCCUGCGGGUUUGCGGGAACUUUCACCAAGACGGGUGGAAUGGUCCUGCUCUGUAAAGUUUGUGGCGACAUCGCGUCUGGUUUCCACUAUGGAGUGCAUGCAUGUGAGGGCUGCAAGGGCUUCUUCCGUCGCAGCAUCCAGCAGAACAUCAACUACAAGAUGUGCGUGAAGAACGAGAACUGCCUGAUCAUGCGCAUGAACCGCAACAGAUGCCAGCACUGUCGCUUCAAGAAAUGCCUCUCCGUCGGCAUGUCGCGAGAUGCUGUCCGUUUCGGCCGCAUCCCUAAACGGGAGAAGCAGCGACUUCUUGAUGAAAUGCAGAGCUACAUGAACAGCCUGAACGAGUCAGCUGCCAUGGACAUGGAGUCCUCAGGGAGGGACGGCACCACCAGCAAUGACAACUGCAGCUCAAAGGAGGCCAUCGGGACCAUUUCCAGAGCCUAUCAGGACAUCUUCGUCGGAAGCAACGGCAGCCAUGAGCGAUCAUCCAACAGGGCCGGCAAUUCCACUUCCAGCAACAACAACAACAUCAAUGCAUCUACCUUUUCUCCGGAUGAUGGUUUCCAAGCAUCAUCUCAUACCAACUCCAGCCACAGUUAUCAGUCCUGCCCUGUUUCCCAUGCAUCCAUGUGCCCUGUUGCCUCUAACGACAAUCAGCCUGCAUUUCACAAAGUGGACAACAGCCGCUAUUCUUAUGUAGUGUCAACCAAUCAGAAUCACAGCCAGUCACACGCUGAGAUGGGCCAAAGGGUCAGCUCCACCAAUCAUAACGCUUUUCCCACCGGAGAAGUCGCCCAGAGCCAGCCCUCGUGUCCGUGGAAGUUAGCAGCAGGAGCUAAAGUGCUGGCCUGUCCUCUCAAUGCGUGCCCUGUAUCAGGAGCCGAGCGGACGAGUCAGGAGAUAUGGGAAUCCUUUUCUCAGUGUUUCACCCCCGCUGUGAAGGAGGUGGUGGAGUUUGCCAAGGGUAUUCCUGGGUUCCAAGAACUAAGCCAACAGGACCAGGUCAUGCUGCUGAAGUCUGGCACAUUCCAGGUUCUCAUGGUGAGGUUUUGCACGUUGUUCAACGCCGAGCAACGCACAGUGACCUUCUUAAAUGGCCAAACGUACUCCCUGUCCACUUUGCGAGCCUUGGGCAUGGGGUCCCUUCUGGAUGCAAUGUUUGAAUUCAGCGGGAAGCUGGGCUCCCUGGGGCUGGAGCCUGAUGAGAUGGCCCUGUUCAUGGCUGUGGUGCUGGUUUCUGCAGACCGCGCUGGGAUCUCGGACCUGAGCGCCGUGGAGCAGCUGCAGGAGGGCCUGAUCCGCGCCCUCCGGUCGCUGAUCAGUCGCCGCCGCCCAGACGACUCCGCCCUCUUUCCCAAACUCCUGCUGCGCCUGCCGGACCUGCGAACCCUCAACAACCUGCACUCCGACAAACUGCUGGCCUUCCGCAUCGACCCAUAAGGGAGAGCGUUGUUUCACGCAGAGUUAAGCAAUACGCUAGGAAGCAGACACACAGACUUCAUGGUCCAAAGACAGGACUUCUUUUAACGGCGAGGGACGAGAUGUGGUGCAAUAGGACGAAUGUUUUUGUAAAGGACGAAUGAGAGGAGCGAACCCAUUUCCGACUCAUGUUCAACAUAUAUGCAAUGUUUCUGAGAUAAAAGACAAAAAAAAAAAAAAAAAAAACUUAUUAGUAGAGUUACCGUUAGAAUCUUGGACAGAUUGUUUAUUUUCUCAUUAUAUCAAGCAUAAGAAGGAAUCAAGUUUAGUUCAGUUAGUCCAUUUUAGUUCCUAUAGUAUCACCGGACCAUCACUCACUAAGCAGCAGCUGAAGGGUGUAUAUCGUAGAACAACACAGUAAAUGAUUAGGGACCACUGGUGAUGAAUCAUCAAGAGUGAGUUGUAUUAAAAAAAAAAAAAACAAAGAAGGGAAACUGUACAUAAACUAUAGUGACACCAGAACUAUUAAGGUAAUUAUUUGUUUCACAAACAUCUUAUCUGAAUUAAGGCCACUAUUUUUGACAUGUCUCUUGUGCACAGCAGGACGUAUUGUGUCGCACGUUUUUUUGCACCAGAGAUUGGGUUGACAUACAUCGGUGGCUUUUUUGUAUUAUGUCACAUAAACAUCCUGUCUGUAUUAUUUUACUCUAUCAUGUUUGGACCGAUACAGGCACUUCCCGCAUGUUGAACUUUAAAGCUUCUUUGUUUAUUUUUCUGUCACUUUAUAUUGUUGUUAGCCUGUAAUAUGCGCAGGACUUGCUGCAGAGAUUCAAAUGGGCUGAUUUUGGUAUAAAGGAAGGAUCCUGCCUUCCUGGACUCAGUGAGGGGUCUGGCUGUACGCCCAAGGGGCAAAGCACGGGUGAAUGUGUUGAAGCGGAUUCUCAGAUGUCUUGGGCACACUUCCAAAUAUUACGUAACGUAACCAACCAGCAAAUACCCUUGAUAUCACCAGCACUUAAAGCUCAUGCACCCAUCCUCUGCCCCCAUGUUUGUCAUACAAACUAAAAAGCUUCUUUCUUUCUUUUUUGUCUGGGAGAUCGAAGUUGAUCUUCUCACUGUUUGUUUGAUUAUGACUAAUGUGCACAUCUUGUACAUUUUGUAAAUAGUUUUUUUUCCUCCUAAACAGAAUUAUACAAUGAUAUAAAGUUCAAAAUGUGAA